GUUUAUGUUUAGAGGUCAGCACUGUUCCUUGUGUUCCCCAGUGUCUUUUGGAUUUCGACUGUUUCUGUUGAUUUAUCACCUGUGUUUCUGGAUUUAUGUUGCUUCAUCUUAGACUGCCUGCCUCACCUCAGUUUCUUGAAAGAAUAUACAUUUGAACAAUAGUGAACCUCUGGAAUCACAAGAAUGAUACAGGUUUCUCUGUGGUUGGUUAAUCAGAGGAAUUUUCUGGUCACAGUGCUAUGCAGAGAUGAAGACUCAUCACUGAUCAUGAAGGUCAGACCUUCUACAAGAGGGGGGGUCAGCAUAUGCCUUCCAAAGUACAGCAUCAUCUUCCUCUUUCCGGCUGUGUUUGGGUUCAUUUUUGUGCUACGUAACAUGGUCUUCCUGAAGUUUCAGUUUCAGCAUAAAGUGAAUUUCACCAUGAUCUACCCAAGAGUUUCCACUCACCGUAACAUGCAUGACAGCUUCUGCACCUUCCAGACACCGUCCACUAAGGACGCUCUCGAGGAACGCCUCCUACUAGACUCCAUUGCUUGGCCUGAAACUUCAAUUCUACAAGAUCCUCUUUCCCUGGAGCAGACCAGUGAUCCUGCCCACAGCAGCUUCACCAUUCUCCCACCAGGGAGGGGAGGAGGAGAGUGGCGCGUAGGGGAUCAGCUGGAGGUUAUGAUCCAAAUGUAUGACUUUAACGGUCGCCCAAAAACGUCUGGGGGAGAUCUGUUAUUCUCCAGGCUGCACAACCUGAAGCUUGGUGCAGGUGUGGCUGGACAAGUGGUGGAUCAUCUCAAUGGCUCCUACUCUGCUGUGUUCUCUUUACUCUGGGAAGGUUCUCUGUCCCAUCAGGUGACGCUGGUUCACCCUAGUGAGGCUGUCACAGUGCUGCGCAGGCUGACCAGUGAACAGCCAGACAGGGUUUAUUUCCAGAGCCUCUUCCGUUCAGGCUCUCUUUCUGAAACUACUACCUGUAACGUCUGCCUACGUCCAACUCAGCAGCCGCUGUGCAAUUACACUGACCUCCGUACAGGCGAGCCUUGGUUCUGCUACAAGCCAAAGAAGCUGAGCUGUGAUGCCAGGAUCAGCCACUCCAAGGGAGGAUUCAAACAAAACCUCAAAGCCAAGGAAGAGAAGCUCUUUCAAAGUGGAGUCAACAUGAAGGUUUCUCUUCAGGCUUCAGGACCUGCCAGUGUCACAGUGUGGCCAAAAAAGAAAGGUCAACCAGAGGUGAAGAACAGCAGUGUGAAGUCUGGACCCUCUGGCUAUUACUACAAGGGUGCAUGGCAAGCACUAGAUGGCACCACAGUUCAACAAUUCAACACCUCCUCUGCCAUCAGUCAGUGUCUGAAAGGCAAGAUGGUCCACCUGUAUGGAGACUCCACCAUCAGACAGUGGUUUGAGUACUUUAGAGCAGCACUGCCAGAUCUGAAGGAGUUUAACCUGCACAGUCCAAAGCAAGUUGGACCUUUCAUGGCCUUGGACUAUGCAAACAACAUCUUGGUGACGUAUCGCUGCCACGGUCCUCCUCUCCGUUUUGUCAACGUCCCAGCCACUGAGCUGCGUUACAUUGCCAAUGAACUAGAUGGGUUAACUGGAGGCAGCAACACUGUUGUAGUUAUUGGCAUCUGGUCUCACUUCAGCACUUUCCCCAUGGAGCUCUACAUACAGCGGCUGCAGAGCAUCCGCAGGGCGGUGGUGCGGCUGUUGGUCAGGGCUCCAGACACACUGGUCGUCAUCCGGACCGCGAACCUCAAAGCUUUGACACUUUAUGAGACGCUGACCAACAGCGACUGGUACUCACUGCAGCGUGACAAGGUGCUCAGAGCCGUGUUCAAAGGACUGAAUGUUCAUCUGGUGGACGCCUGGGAGAUGAGUCUGGCCCACCACCUACCGCACAGCCUCCACCCACAACCUCCCAUUAUUAAGAAUAUGAUUGACGUUCUCUUGUCCUACAUAUGUCCUCAAAAGGGCGGUUAGAUGUGUGUUUGUUUGGUGAGAGGAAUGGGGCAAGGAACCACAUACCGAGUUUACAUGUUGUCUACAUUUCUCCAAGUGCAGCAUUUUUCAAUCAGCAUUCCAUGCACAGACUAGCUAACUACACAUGUUUUAACCUAUAUAUAACAAGGGAAUGUGAAAUGGGCAGAGAAGAAACAUAACAGGAUGUAUAUCAGCCAGGUUGGGGUCAG